AGGCUACAGGCCCUGUCCACUUCCGCUGCCUCUAAGGACUUGUAUGGCAGAUUCGACAGAAAUUUCUACGUACGUGAUGUAAAAUCAGACUCUAAAUCCAAAUUCAUUGAUCAUAUUUGGUCGUAUGAUGCCUCGAAGUCAUCGAUAAAUUGGUAUUGUUUUGUUGUUGAGACGCUGGAGACAUGGACGGACUGAAAGCAGCUGGUUCUGUGUUUAUGUGUCGGCUGUGCAACCUCUUCUCUCCCAGUCGCUCUCAGCUGCUGGCCCAUUGCUCCCAGCUGCACCCCCAGCAGGAGCCUCCUGAUGACAUCAUCGUUGCACUGCAGCCCCUUGUAGGAGAGCCUGUGCAGACGCUGGCAGAGAGCCCAGUGAAGCGAAAACGAGGACGACCGAAAGGCUCUACGAAGAAGACACGCCCGGAUUUGACAGAGGGCAAGGCUAACUCCACCCGUUCUACAGAGGAUGCUGUUCAAAGAAAAGAAGACGGGAAUAAGGAGGAAGGCAACAGACAAUGUAGCUUGAUAGAAGGAGAAAGCCAUGACAGGAUAUUAGGGCUGGAAUGUAGAGUGUGUCAUCGCUCAUUCAGCAACAGAAGACAGAUCCUCAAACACAUCUGCCUGAGAGAAGAGGAAGAAGAGGAGGACGAAGAGGAAAAUGGGAGCAUCUGUGGUGGAGCAGGAGCUGAGUGUUCUGGGAGUGUGGAUCCUGGGGGAGCAGAUCUGAACCAGAUGCAACAAAAUUCAGCAAGACCAGGAGUUGUGAGAGAAAAGGACGUUGGCAGCUUGAAACCCCAGAGAACCAACCGAAGCCGCAUCUCCAAAGAAGGAGGGCUAGCAACGGGAAACAAAAAGUCGGUCAUCAGUGUUGUUCUGACAGAAGAUAAAACACUUCCAGGUGUUUCUAAGAUGGUUCCAGUAGAGGAUAGUUCAGCAGAAACAGAGUCUGUAGCCAUCCAAGCUCCACCUCAGCAGUCUGCAGUCUUUCAGAGUCAGUCGAAAAGCCUUACAAGUGACGUGACUACCUGCGAAGGUAACACUAAAACAGAUCAGGAGCAAAGUUCUGAUCCGACCUCCUCAACAACAACAGCAAGCAGAGGCUUCCAGGAAUAUUCUAUCAAGCAAAAUGCUACCAGUUUACUUCAGAGCCAGUUGAAGAUUUUCGCCUGUGAGUUCUGUAAUAAGAUCUUUAAAUUCAGACACUCACUGGUGGCACACCUCAGGACACACACGCAGGAGAAACCGUUCCAGUGUCCACACUGUGACUACGCGUCAGCCAUCAAAGCCAACCUGAAUGUUCACUUGAGGAAGCACACAGGAGAGAAGUUCAGCUGUCAGCACUGUCCUUUCAACUGCCUCAGCCCAGGACACCUCAAGGUCCACAUAGAGCGAGUCCAUCUCAAAGUGAAGCAGCACUGCAGCUUCUGUGAGAAAAAAUACUCUGAUGUGAAGAACCUGCUGAAACACAUGGAAAAACGACAUAACCUGAAAGACCCUGCUGUCCACCAGAGUUACCAACAACUCAGGUUAAAAACUCGUCAGGGCCUCAGACAGCUCCUUUACCACUGUCCCACCUGUAAUCGACGCUUUAAGAACCAGCUCGAGCGGGAGCGCCACCUCUUGGUCCACGGACCCCAGCGUCCCUUCGCCUGCCACCUCUGUGACCAUGCUGCAACCAAGAUGGCCGCUCUCGCUGCUCACGUCAGAAAGCACCUCUUCCUGUAUGUGUGCUGUGUGUGUGAUGGAAAGUUUGUCAGCUCUCAGAGGCUGGAGGGUCACUUGAAAGAGUCUCACACGGAGCUGGACCAGGAGCAGGUCUUCACGGACUGUAUCAACAACAGCUACUAUCUGAUGCAGCCUGAAGGAGGCAUGUGGGGGGAUGAGGAGAGAGAAGAUCCCGAGGAAGGGAUGAAGGAAGAGCACAGGAUAGAGCAGGAGAAUGAAGAGGAGAGGACAAGAGAGGAGGGUGGUAAAAAUGAUGUUGGGGGAGAGGAGCACCUGGAAUUAGCAGCAAGUAAAGAUAGGGAGCAGGGGGAAGAGGGAGAAGGAGUUAAAUCUCAGGGUGAAAGUGCAGAAGAGUUACAGGUGAUAAAUGGAGUAACAGGGAAAGGUUCACAGCAAGGCUCUCAAGAAGUGCUCCAUGAAGCGAUUUCCAUGGAGACCACAACUCCCUCUGACAGACGUGAUGAAGCAACAGCUGAGGAGAAAUCACAGGACGGCACAGACUCACACCCCCCUGAAGCUGAAGAAAAUACACAGACUUUUGUAUCAGCAGGGAUCAAUCACACCCCUCUCUUGGACGCCAGGACUCAAGAAAACACACACCCAGCUCCACCCAAAAAUUCACUCACAUCUUCGUCCUCAGGAAAUACAGACUCGUGUGAUUUGGAUGGACACACACAUUUGUCAUCAACACCUCCAGACGAUAGACAAACUCCACAAUCAGAAAGGAAUGCGUUUCAGCAGGUGUUCUCAUCUCUUCAAAAGACUCGGCUUAAUAUGGAGUCUUUCCAACGGCUCAGGAAAAUUUACGGAGACCUGGAAUGUCAAUACUGUGGUAAACUGUUCUGGUACAAAGUCCACUAUAACGUCCAUGUACGCACACACACUAAGGAGCACUCACAUUACUGUUCAAAGUGUAGUUACUCUUCCAUCACAAAAAGCUCUUUAAAGCGGCACCAGAUCCAGAAGCACAGCGGCUUGUUGCUGCCUUGUUCGAAUCCCGGCUGUAAAUACACCACAUCAGACAAAUACAAACUUCAAGCCCAUUUAAGGACACAUCAGGAACAGGGGAAGAGCGUGACUUGUCCUGUCUGCCAGCACAGCUAUCCAGAGCACAGACUAAAACACCACAUCAAAACAUCUCACCCUGGACUGACGGUGCAGCGCGCAGAGAAGUGCCCAUACUGUGACUCCUACUUCCUAAAGAACAGCAGCGAUUUUCAGCGACACAUCUGGGCCCACCAAGGUUUGAAGCCAUACGUCUGCAAUGUGUGUGACUAUGCAGGCCGCAGCAGGAGUAACUUGAAGACUCAUAUGAACCGACACAACACAGAGAGACGUCACCUCUGUGAUCUGUGUGGUAAAAAGUUCAAAUCUAAAGUCACGCUGAAAAGCCACAGACUGAGCCACACUGAUGAAGGGAAACGGUUUCACUGUUCGGAGUGUGACUUCACCUCGGUCUCUAAACCCUCUUUGCUUAGACACAUGGAGCAGCAUGCCGAGUUCAAGCCAUUUCGCUGUGCCCACUGCCACUACUCCUGUAACAUCGCUGGGCCCCUGAAGCGACACUACAACAUGAAACACCCAGAUCAGAAAUAUCACAAUGCCGGACCUGGACUGCCUAACCCUGAAGCUCUGAAACAGCAAGGUGGUGUGAAGUGUCCUGAAUGUGAAUUUGUUUAUGGCACCAAAUGGGAGUUGAACCGACACCUGAAGAGCAAACACAGCCUAAAAGUGGUGGAAGGCACCUGGGAGGUGGGGGAGGCAGUAGAAGCCCAGUAUGUUCCUGUGGAGGAUGAAGAGCAGCUGACAGAAUCACCUGUAUCAGCUCUGCAGGACAAUGUUAAUAUCCAGCAAAUCACAGAAUUCAGUUCAGAGACUCAUGACGCCAUCACCUCCAUGGUUGCCAUGGCUCCAGGCACUGUUACCGUGGUACAACAGUUGCAGGUGGCAGAUGAGCAGGAAGUCGGUAACUGCAGUAACCAGCUGAUGGUGGUGAACGCAGACGGCGGUCUAACCGGCGACCAGGUGAUGGUGGUGGAGGAGGCACACGGCCUGGAGGCUCUGACAGUCCUCACUCAGGGAGAAAACACUCACCACUACAUCGUCUAUGUCCAGGAACACACUGUAGAAAUCAACUAGUACUGCUAGAACUUUAACAUAAGACUGCUGAUCAGUCAGUAGAUGAGUUUACAAAAGUAAAAUAAAAUACCAAUAAGCAAUAAAAUCAGGAUUUAGUGAAUGUUGACCUGUCAUCAUAAGGAGUAUUCUUCAAAUGUAUUUUUAGUCAUGUAGUAAUUAUGAAAAAUAUAAGUGCAAUACUUGAUUGUGUGAUUAUGUGACAUAUUUUGUACUUACAAAGUAUAUUUAAAUAAAAAAAAACCUGUCCAGCA